GGGGCCAAAGAUUUUCAGAAGAAGAAUUGAAAUUGUUAAUGGACAUCUGCUUUCACAGAAUGGCCCAGAUAUCUAGCAGCGAUGAAUUUAAACAACGUUCAUCACCAGUUUUGGAUCCAACAAGGCCCAAAGAAGUGGAUAAAAAAGAAGCACUGCAAAUGGAAGCUGAGGCUCUGGCUAAGAUGCAAAAAGAAAGAGUAGUGGUUGGCAGUAGACAAAAGAGUGAUACCUUAAGCUACUCUUGGCCAAACGUACAGUCCUGCAGAAAACAAGAUCAUGAUCUUAUGGUGUUUCCGGAGUCUGAUGGCAAGAAGAAGGUGGACGAUAAGUUAAAUUCAAUUGACAUAGACAAACUUACCUGUGCUGAAUUAGAGAAACUUCUUUUAGAAGAAAAUCUUGAAUCCCACAAACCAUCUACAUUGUCAGCCACUCAGAUACUUGGGGCAUCAUCUUCGCAAUUUUAUUCUCACCCUGUUGCUCAAAGAGGGCAAUGGACGUCUAGUUUGCCUGGGUCUUCUAGUUGUGCCGGAUCUUCUGUUUACCCUGUACCUUCUUUCAAUAAACAAGUUGGUGUCUUUCAGAAUGGUCUUCAUCCAGCUGUAUCCACUUAUCAAUCUACAAAGCCUGCCUAUCUUUGUCUUCCAGAAAGGUCUCCAUACAUUUCAUACCCACUGCCGUUUACUUCAACGUUCCAUCCCCAAGGAAGUGCACCUAUGUAUCAUUCAACCCUUAGCCCUGAAAUGGCAAAAGUAUUUGAUAAGAUUGCAAGUACUUCAGAAUUUCAGAAAAAUGGGAAAUCAAAGACAGACUUAGAAAUGACUGGUGCUAAAUCUACUAUUAGUUUGUCAACCUCUGAAAGCUCCAAUGAUAUUAGUAAGUUUGAUUGGUUGGAUUUAGAUCCUUUAAGUAAACCAAAGGUGGACAAUAUAGAUAUAUUUUACACUUCAGAAGAUGGAGGAAAGAUAACUAAUACUAAAGUUGUAGAAGAUCCUUGGGAUGCUGUGCUACUAGAAGAGAAGUCUCCAGGAAAGAGCCAUCUUGAAAGAAAACUUAGUGGAAAAUCUGCUUCUGGGGCAACAGUUACAAGAAGUCAGUCUUUAAACAUUCGAACUGCUCAGCUUGCUAAAUUACAGGGCCAAACUUCACAGACAGACAAUGGGACCAGUAGCCUGCCAGGAGAAAACAAACUUCUAAAAAACGUUGAAUGGCAAAAUCAAGAGCAAGCAGCAUUUUGUGAUGCCAUUGCAAAAUUAAGGACCAAGUUUCCUCAUACCAAGCAUGAUACAAACUUAGGUUUCGUGUUGAGUCCAGUCAUGUUGCAGAGAAAUGUAAGUGGAGAGAAUUCCAGCAUCAAGAUUUCAAUAGAAAUUGAAGGUUUCCAACAGCCAGUGACGUUCACAUGUGAUGUGAGUUCUCCAGUUGAACUUAUAAUAAUGCAGGCUCUUUGCUGGGUGCAUGAUGACUUGAACAAUGUAGAUAUUGGCAGUUAUAUUUUGAAAGUUUGUGGACAAGAAGAAGUUUUACAGAAGUAA